ACAUUUCCCUGAAAGCAAUGGUUUAUGCACACUCGGUGGUCCGCAUGAGUGUAAACAACAAUCAUUGUAAUCAUCAGCUCCAAGUUUCAGCGGGCAAACGAUAAGGCUUAAUAUGAUGUAACUUACACAUAUCAAGCCCAAGGCCUUCAUACCAAUCAGAUGAUACAGGAAAUGUGCUCAGCCAGAAGACUCGAAGUUUGCCAGAACUGCAUCUUAGUGGACUCCUGAGCCACCACAAUGACAGAAUGGAGGCAGUCAGAAGCACAGAGAAGGUUCGCUGUGGCCAGCUGUCCAGCCUAAAGUACAGAUCCUCCAUCCAGCGCUAUCUUGCCACUAGCCAUGUUAUGUCCAGUGUGUCUCUGGAUCAAAAGGAACAGGUUGCCACCUCCUAUGUGACAUAUGCAGAUUUGGAAUGUGUUGACUACAAAUAUUUACUGUGUGGACUCAGUGAUGGAGGUGUGGCCAUUUAUGACACAAGUGUUGUGAAGGAAGGCUGUAUCUAUGGGGAGGUGGGCUCAAUCAAGGGAGGCCAGAGGGGUACACACAAGUACCAGGUUGAAUGUGUUCAGUGGUAUCCAGCUGAUGCAGGACUGUUCAGCACCUCUAGCCGAGACAAGAAGAUAAAGAUCUGGGAUCCAAACCGCAUGAAGGUAGUGGAUCAAUUUGAUAUUGACUGCCACAUUCAUCACCACCAAAUGUCUCCUGUGGCCACCAAGCACUCCCUGCUGGCUGUAGCAGGGGACAGUGGGGAGGUGAUCCUGUGUGAUCUACGUACAGGGACAUCUACCCACCGCUUGAGGGGCCAUGAUGGGGCUGUGCGAACCACACAGUGGUCUCCACGAGUUCAGCACUUCCUCACUUCCAGUGGCUGUGACCGUACAGUUAGGAUGUGGGAUGUACGAGCUAGUCAACCCUUUAUUAUGGCCCUUGAUGCAAGUAACCAUGCUGGAGAGAUCUUCAGAAAAACCAAGAAAAUUAAGAGGAUCCCCCAAGCACACAAGAGCCAAGUGGUGUCCUUCUGUUAUACCCAUGAUGGUCUUUGGCUUCUUACAUUUGGUCAUGAUGGUGAACUCAAGUUGUGGAAUUCUACAACAGGAAGGAAGAUGGAUGUCAAUUAUGGUGAAAUGUUCACUGAUACCAGAAGAAACCUGAGGAUGGCUGUGACACCAUCAAUGUACCCAGAUUUAGUAUUUCUGCCCUGCAAGUCCAAAGUGUUGGUCCUUGAGAUUCUAACUGGAAGGCUGGUGAAUGUCAUGUCUGGUCACUUCUCAACUGUUUUUGGAGCCUUGUAUAAUCCUUCCUCCAUGAAUUUAUACACUUUUGGCAAUGAUCGUAACUUUAUAACAUGGACUCCUAAGGUAUUUGAUGUUAAUGAGCUUGAGGAAGAAGAUGAAAACAGGACUCUAGGUCUACUAGAAUUACCAAAGAGACAAAGAGUCACUCAAGAUAACUGGAGUAGUGAUGAGGACUAGCUCCACAGUUACUACUUGAUCAAUGCGAAGUAAUUACUUAAUUUCUUUUCAUUCAUCAGUCAUCACAGCCAUGAGUCAUUGUUUUCCUCAGAAGUAUCUUAGACAUAACCUAUUCUAACCAUUGGUUAUCAUCCUUUCACAAUUGUUGGUUUUCUUCAUCCUUGGUCAGGAUUUUUACAUCUUUACUUCACUGAUCAUGAUAAUUUUAUUACUUUUACUUUAUAAUUAAAUAAAUUUUACAUGACUUUCAUGAAA